UGUGCACGGAUUCCUUUUCUUGGGUUCCGUUACUAUGUGCCUUUGAAGAGCAGCCGUAAUAGGAUCUAUCGUGAUUCGAAAUGACUUCCAUAGCCAAGGAAAAUGGAAUCUCCUCCGAAUCCAAGGCUCCACACGUGGUUAACGGGAAUGGGACCAUCCAAACUGCUGAUCCCAAGUUAUCCAAGCCACGCUAUAAGGGAGGAGACUUCAUUCUGGCUGAAGGGGAUGAAUGUCUUGCACAACUCUCUGGAAUGGUUCUUCGUGUCACGUGUGAAAAGCCUGCCUUGGGGAUCGGACUCAUUCGGGCCAUAUUCGGGAAGGAAGACAAGGAGAUGAGAGAUGUCCCCGUGCUUGGAAUAAUAUUUUCUGCUGCGCACCGCAAAACCUUUGUUAAGUUGGAGAGAGUCCUGGGAUUGACGGUGACCUCGAAUGCUGCCCUAGAUUGUGACCCCAAUUCCGGAAUUAUCGCCUAUCCUGCAGGGUGCACAGUGGUGUUGCUCAAUCCCCGGAAGAAUAAGCAGACACACCUUCUGAAUGCAGGGAAGAAAGCAAUAUCAUGCCUCAGCUUUUCCAGUGAUGGGAGGUACUUGGCAACUGGAGAGACUGGUCACAUGCCCUCUGUCAGGGUAUGGGAUCUCCAGGAUCGCCUCCAGGUGGCCGAAUUCACUGGACAUAAAUUUGCCAUUAACUGUGUGGCAUUCUCCCCCACACAGAAACAUGUAGUAUCAGUCGGAUCCCAACAUGACAUGAUUGUGAAUGUCUGGGACUGGAGGAACAAUGCCAAAGUAGCCAGCAACAAAGUCUCAUCAAAGGUGAAAGCCAUUUCCUUUGCUGAGAAUGGGAGUUAUUUUGUCACUGUUGGGAACCGACAUGUCAAGUUCUGGUACCUGGAACAUUCACGGGGGUCAUCCAAGUUCAAGGAGCCAGUACCUUUGAUGGGUAGGUCAGCCAUUCUUGGAGAGCAAAGGAACAAUUAUUUCUGUGAUGUUGCCUGUGGUCGAGGUGAAAUGGGUGAUUCAACAUUUGCCAUCACCAAAUCAGGGCUUCUCUGUGAAUUCAACAGCCGACGCCUCCUUGACAAAUGGGUUGAAUUGCGGACAUCAAGUGCCAAUUGUCUUGUGGUUGGGGAGGAGUAUAUAUUCAUUGGUUGUGCCGAUGGGAUUGUACGGUGCUUCAGUCCACUUACCCUGCAAUUUGUCACAACAUUGCCACGAACUCACUACCUAGGUGUUGAUGUUGCACGUGGACUGACUAUCAGCCAUAUGGCAAGUCAGCCAGUCAACGCCAAAUACCCGGAUGCCAUAGCAGUCACUCUUGAUGAGGCCAACCACAAGGUCACCUGCAUCUAUAGUGACCAUAGCAUGUACAUCUGGGAUGUACAUGAUAUACGACGGGUGGGGAAGUCAUACUCAUUCCUGUUUCAUUCGGCAUGCAUCUGGGGAGUAGAGGUCUAUCCAGUCAUGGAAGGGGGUUACAAAGGAGUUCUUCCUCCUGGAAGCUUCAUGACAUGCUCCUCUGAUGAUACCAUUCGGGUUUGGAAUCUGGAUCCCAAUAUGGCUAACAAUACUCUUUACAAAAGGAACAUAUAUAGCAAUGACCUGUUGAAGGUACUCUACAUGGACUCAGAUUACACAUACUUAUGUGAUGUGAACCAGAGCUUUUCUGGGAGUACAGAAAAGACUGAUUCAUCCUGUGAUGGAAAGAAUGGAGUUCGAUGUUUAUGUGUUCGCCCUGAUGGAAAACAUCUUGCAUCUGGAGAUCGAACAGGCAAUAUCAGGAUCCAUGAGUUGCAGUUCAUGGAUGAAAUCUGCAAGAUUGAAGCCCAUGAUGCAGAGGUCUUAUGCCUAGAGUACUGCAAGCAAGGACAGACAUUCCUGGCAUCAGCUUCAAGAGAUCGCCUUAUCCACCUGUUUGAUGUUGGGAAGGAUUAUUCCCUUCAUCAGACAUUGGAUGACCACUCAUCUUCAAUCACAGCUGUCCGCUUUGUGACUGCGCAUGGGGAGCCCUUGCUUCUUUCUUGUGGAGCAGACAAGUCCAUCAUCUUCAGGCGUUCUCAGCAGGCUCUUGGACAGAAGGGAGGACCCCAGUAUUCACGAUUCCAUCAUGUCUCUGGGAAGACAACCUUGUAUGAUAUGGAGCUGGAUUUGUCCCGCAAGCACAUCCUGACAGCAUGUCAAGAUCGAAACAUUCGUGUCUACAAUGUCUCCAAUGGCAAACAUAGCAAGACAUUCAAGGGAACACUUGGCGAGGAAGGGACAUUGAUCAAGUUGGUGCUGGAUCGAAGUGGAAUGUACAUUGCAACCAGCUGCACUGACAAGAGUCUAUGUAUCUAUGAUUACUACAAUGGAGAGUGCAUGGCAACCAUGUUUGGCCAUUCAGAGUUGGUGACAGGUCUUCGCUUCAGUAAUGACUGUCGCCACUUGAUCUCAGUGUCUGGGGAUGGCUGCAUCUUUAUCUGGAAGAUCCCCACAGAAAUGACUCAGGCCAUGACCAGCCGUCUGGCACAAUUAGCAAGCAAACAUGGUCGCCGGGCUACCCAUUCCAUUCCUCGCCCAUUUGGUGGGCCAGGUCAUGACCUUAUCUCUGCCUCUGCUGUUGACCUCCUUGACCAGAAUGCCAAUGAUGUUGAAGAGUCUGAAUACAGGUUCAGUAUUGGCCAGUUGCCACUCUGGGCCAAAAAGCAGAUUGCAGAGGCUCACUCCCCACCACUACCUAUGGGUAGAGGAGGGCCAGAAUUGCCCAAAGGAAGAUGGGCUCAACGAAUUGAAUCUCAGGCCAUCACUGUCCGUUCUCACUAUGAUUCUGAUAGUGUCAUCCCCCUUCCUAUUCCUCAAGGUGAUUCAGAAUCCUCAAAGGACAGUUCUCUUGAGAGUUCUGGGUCAGAGGAACCUGAUGCUGAUUUCAUCCCUUGCCCUGACAAUUACCAGAAAAUUACCAGAGAGAUACCUGAUUUUGAGGUAAUCCCUGAUCCCUAUAACAGUAUCCAUUUCUCCUGCAUGCUAUCUCAUUAUUAGGCUCUACCCCUGCUCGUCACGUCUCUCGUCCUCGUCCUUGAAGUUGGCAUCUUUGAUCAUGGGGAAGGAAAAGAUGAGAGGCCGUUAGAGUGCCUUUUCCUCCAUGAUGCAAUCACUCCGAGUGAUAAGUACGAGACGCCAUCGGAAAGUAGCUUCCAUUUAUUUCACUUCACCCGUUCCUCCCAACGACGCCAAGACUUGGGAGAACUGGGACUUGAAGGAGAGACAGAACAUGAUGGAGAUGUAGAAGACUCGGAGAAUGAGGAUGGGGAAUCACCUGACCUGGAUCAGCCAGAGCCACUUCUCUAUUUACCUCAGAGUCAAGAACCAGCCAGUGACUUUCUGGUCAAAGAGACUGAUCAAGAGGAGUUGAGAAAGUCUCAGAGGAGGCAUAGAAAGGCAAGAGCUGAGAAGCCUUUAGACAUUUCUAUUAUAUCUGCAUCUGCAAGUCAAGAGAGCGAGGAAGAGGAUGGGGAUGUCUCUACUCCGAGUGCUGAAACUGCUGAAAGGAACAUCAUGUCUAUGCUUGCCAUCAGCACGGAGAGCCUGGAUCAGGUGGCCCUGCGAGAGACAUUCCUGAAGUCAAAUUUUGAGACCCUCCAUGAUGAUCGAGGAGGAUUCCAAUCUGGAAGUGAAACAAGUGAGAACACGAGCCUCUCCUCACGCUUCCUCAGGCAGAAUUCACGCAACUCUGACAUCAUUGAAGCUGCAAAACAGUCCUUGAAGGACCCUGAAAUCUCCAGACGACGCCUUGAGCUUCAACGACAGAUUGAAGAGACACGCAAGAAACUUCAGAGUGUUGGUUACAAGUCAAACCUGAACACAAGUCGAAGCAUUACUGAUUUGAGUUCGGUGCCAGAAAAGGAAGACUCAUCUCGCUACAAAGGAGGUAAAUUUUUCUCUCGCACUCUUCCUUCAUAUUUCCGAAAUCUUCGCAAGAAAGUGUUGAGAAUCCCCCAAUCUGCCAAGGAGCACCGAUGUGAUGACUUGACUCAAAAUCAACAAUCAGUGAAUGUGGCUCUACCUCCUAUUGGAGGCGGAUCCCAGUUACAAUCUCUGUCUUUCGAAUUUCUUGCUCAUUCCAACUCCACUGUGAUAGCAACUGAUUCAAAGCAUUCAAAAGAGAAGCAAGAAGCAUCAAAACCGCAAGAUAUGAUCACACUGGACCUUGGGCUUGGGGCUCUUUGCUAUGAGAGUUCUGGUAAACUUGGGGAAGCACAUGGGAAAACAGAUGUUGAAGUGUCAAGACCCACUCAGACAUCAGUACAAGGUGUGAAGGGACCCCGGAAACGACUAACGUGGCAUCGAUUGUCCUGCCCUGAACCCAUCCCUGAGGUCCAAGAACAUCCACAAAUGUUUGGGGAUGGGAAAGACGAUGGUGAUGUUUUCCCAAUGCCUAUCUCCAAGGAAGAGAAUUUACGUGAUUCUCCUAGACAGCAGCAUUGGAGCAAUGCAUCAUCAGGAUAUGAAAGUGGGAGUUCCUCAGCUGGACCUGGCCGUGUUCCCAGUCCUGAGUCAUUGUCCAGUAUUGACAUUCCAAGCAGAAAGGCCAUGGAGAAGCAGCAUCGCCAGCCUUCCAUCCCACGCCCCAUCUCUUAUGAAGUCUCCUUCCCUAACCAAAAGCGAUAUAUGGUGCCAAAGAUACAUAAAGAAACACUUCGAAAAUGUCAUACAUCUGAGGGCUCAGAUUCCUUGGACUCCAGUUGUACCAGUAUGGAUUUGGAAAGUGUGAAGAUUCUGGACCCAUGGAAGUCUGAUAAGAAGUCUAGCACAAGGAUGAAGAACAGUCUUGCUCGCAAGGUUCCUCUCCCUGAUGUCCUGCCCUCCAAGAGAGGGGGGAGAAAUGGGGGUGAAGGUGGUCUCCGUCGUGCUUGCUCUCUCAGUGACUUGAGCCAACCAUCUCCAGCUCAGAGACGUAUCCUCCCCUCCCCUCCCAAUCAGGUGUCAGGAAAGGCCACCACAGGGAAACCUGGCCAGGGUCAUGUGAAAUCUAUUCGCAACCCAGCUUUUCCCAAUGGAUAUGAAAGGAAUGACAACCCUAGUGAUUCAGAAGGGGAGAUUCCCAGUGUUCAUCGCUCCUCUGGUGUGGUGACCAUGUCACGUAUGACCCGGCCAACAAUGUCGUCCAUGCAGAAGCAGCAGGGACACAUGGGAGGGAGGGGGACAGCACGUGGAGACAGAGUGGGACCCAAGUCCAGCCAACACUCCUCCUUUGCUAAAUCCACAGGUGACCUCAGACGACCAGCUGAGGGCUAUUCCAGCUCUGAAGAGACCUCCUCUAAUGAAAACAAACCUAAGCCCAGUGUCCUCUACUACAGCAAAUCUAGUGGGUUGACUCCAGCAUCAAGACGUAUCAGUUCCAGUGAAAAGGAGCUGAAUCGAACAGCAAGGGAAGUGACUGAUCGCCUCAAUGUCCCAAGAGGUGCAGUUGAGAAGAGGAAUGUACGUAGGGCCUCAUCUGUGAUCACUGGUACUCGUCAAGGGUGUGAAGAGGCAAGCGAGAAUCUGAAGGAAGCAAGUGAGACAUUGGCCACUCUGUACCAGCGAGUGUCAAUGGACCUGUCCUUCAAUGAGGUGGAGCGAGCCUCAUUCCUGGCCAUUCUGCAGGCAGGGGCUCAGGAAGCUCGCAUGACCCUCGAUUCAAUUAUGUAUCCUAUGAACCCUGGAAGUGGAGAGACCUCUCGCAAGGGGAGCACCAAUAAUCCCGUCAUGAUGCAGAUGAUGCAACAAUACUCAGACCUGCUGGUGAACAUGGUCCAGCAGAGGAUGCAGUCUCCUGCCUCCUCUUCCUCAACCUUGAUGGCAUCUGCAGAUAACACUGAGGAAGUGAUAGCUGUGAAUGGACAUGAGGCCCCACCAGUUUCUCAGGCUCUCACUCCCAGCUAGGGUUUUCCUUCAAUAUUCGUUUUAGAAUCUGUGAUGGUGAUUUCCAUAGCCAUGGAUUCCCGGCUCUUGAUUUUUUUGUGUUCAGAUGUAAGAGAAAGAGUGAAGAAGGUCUUGUGCCAUUAUGAUUGUCAUGAUUUCAGGCAGCUACAGAAUAACUCACACUUUAUCUCAUGCCUAUAUUCACCAUCUGCACUUGUUGCAAGAAUUCUCAAUUGCCUUUAAUUGGAUUGCAGUUGCCAAAUGUGGUUGCCAAAUGAUGGUUCCUUUUGCCUUUUUCAUUCAUCUAUGGUGCCCAGGGAAUGUAGAAUCUGUGAAACUUUUUCAUUUUGUCUUGUAUUUAUGAAGGUUGUUUUUGGAAAGUACUGUACUAAUAAAGAUCCCACUUUUCUGAGUCAA